AUGUACACUGAAGUGUCAUCAAAGCGUGAUUACAGUUGGGGAGAGCGGGCCAUGAUCGUGGGCAGUCUACAAAACGGCAUUCGAAUUGACGGCCGUUCCCCAUCUGAUUAUCGAACUGUUCACGUGGAACUCGGAGUUGUGCGUGGGGCGUACGGUUCAGCUCGAAUCCAACUCGGCACAGCAGAAGUCAUUGCCGCUGUGAAAGCUGAGCUUCGGCGAUGCGAUUUACGACAUCAGAAAUCCGGUUCUGUAGUGUUCUCCGCGCGGAUUUCUCCCGUUGCUGGCAGAAAAUUCCUGGGCUCUGCCGGGGAGACCUUGAGUGACAAUUUAGUCGCAGUUUUGGAUCUCGCGUACUCGGCCCCCGGUGUUCUGAACUUCACGGAUUUGUGCCUGAAGGAAGGCACGUAUUUUUGGCUUUUGCACGUGGAUGUCCUGGUUUUGUCGUACGGUGGGAACCUCUUGGACGCCGCGGGAUUCGCCGUGAAAUCCGCGUUGUUCGACGUUGAGCUUCCCGACGUCGGACUUGAAAUAGAAUCCGAUUCCACGCCUAUUCUCCUUGUGGAUUCAGACGCUAGGAAAUGUCGCAAACUUGACACUUCCAGCGCCCCGGUGAUCUUAACUUUCCUUUGCGCCGGGCGUCAUCAUAUCGUUGAUCCCAACGUUGAAGAAGAUGCGUGUUGUAAUUCGCGAAUUGUGGUUGCGGUGAAUGCGGACGGUGUGACUUGUGUCAAAAAACUAGGUGAAGCCGCUGUGACGAGUGAAACUAUUGAUGAAGUUUUAAAGAAAGCGGAGAAGCUGGCCGAUGAAAUAGAUGGAACUCUGGGAGAAACAAUGAACUCGAGCGGCACGUUGAGAUGUCGCCCCCUCGGCGUGCUCGUCCUUUUCUUCUGCUUCCUCCUUCUCUACCUCGCCGUGUUCCGAACCUCUAGUCCGGAAGUGAAUCAGUCUAAUCGCGUGUCUUUGCGCUCGCUCCUCGCCGUUUGCGUGGAUGCCGCAGUUCGCGGCGGCAACGAAGUGCGAAAAGUGCGCAAGCUUGCCGACCUGGGUCAGAAGUCCAAGGGAAAAACGAGGGAAGGGAUUGACGACCCCGUGACUUCCGGGGACUUGAACUCGCAUCGCGCCAUGUACUCUGCGCUAGUGGCUCUGUAUCCGGGCAUGAGUGUAGUGAGUGAGGAGCACGACGUGAACACGUAUGACCGAGGAGGACCUUCGUCCUCGUGGACCUCGUUUUUGCCCGGUGUGAUUGCUGGGAUCCCGGCUGACGAGGAUUUGCCGUUGGAUGAGUUGACUGUCUGGAUUGACCCGCUGGAUGCUACUAAGGAAUACACGGAAAAUCUGCUGGACUAUGUGACGACUAUGGUUUGUGUGGCAAGAAACGGACGUCCUAUCGCAGGUGUUGUCCAUCUUCCAUUUCAAAACGAAACCUAUUGGGCGUGGGUUGGCAAGGGCCACUCGAGAAAUCUCAACACGGAUCAC